CGACUGCGGUUAACGUCGCAACAGGCCAAACGCAACGGCAGUUGACAAAAACGUAGUAGAAAUUGUAUUAAAAAAAAAUAAUUUACGCGUGUUCUUGAAGCGAUAUUUAAAUUGCAAAAAAUACCAAGUAAAGAGUUAAUCGAUAGAUUGAACCUACACCAAUAAAGAGAAGGAAACUACACAAACGUGAAUGCGUGAGUGUGUGCAGAAGAGCGCACAAAAAGGAAGCGCAAAGAAGUUUUGUAAAAUAGAAAUUUAGUAUGAACGAUCGCAAAAUGUGCUUAUAAAAAGAGACGAAGCGCGCUUAAAAGACAGAACUGGCAAAAAUACCAAGAACCAAUUAUAUUUCGUAAAUAAAUAUUAACAUCGCAAACAACAAACAGCUUACGCGCCCUAACCUCAAAAUGGUUUCUCACUAUUACAAUUCGCUGCCCUAUUCGCAAAAGCACAACGCCAAUCUGGCCUACGCCACGGCGGCUGCAGCGGGCCAGCCCUGGAAUUGGACAACCAACUAUCAUACGCCGCCCAAUCAUCAGUUUCUUGGCGAAGUGGACUCGCCGCAUGCCGCACAUCAUGCCGCCCAUCAAAUGUAUUAUAAUCCGCACAUGUUUCACUCGGCGGCGGCUGCGGCGAGCGAAUGGCAUUCGCCCGCCUCCAAUUCAACGACAGCGACGGGUGAGAACUUCGCACAAAAUGUAGCCCAUCCGCUGAUGCAACAGCAUCAUCCGCACAUUAACAGUGGAUUGCCCAGCGGCGGUUCAAGCAGCUCUGCCAGUUCUGGGAGUAGCAGCUCUGCUCCAGCUGUUGGGGUCACGCAGCUAAACGAGCCCAACGAAGCGGCCGUCCAUGCGCAACAACAGCAACAACAACAACAGCAGCAGCAACAACAACAACAUCAACAUAUUGCCGAGGGCUUGCCUUCGCCGCCGAUCACCGUUUCGGGCAGCGAAAUUUCCAGUCCAGGUGCACCCACCUCUGCCUCAUCGCCGCAUCAUUUGGCCCAUCACUUGAGCAGCAGCAACAACAAUAACAGCCCCUCUACGCACAACAACAACAACAACAACAGCAUUACGGCCAACAAUAACCAUCGUGCUUCGCCAGCGAAGACGCAAUAUUACGAAUGGAUGAAGAAGCCUUCAUAUCCCUCGCAACCCCAACCUGGCAAGACGCGCACUAAGGACAAAUAUCGCGUGGUCUACACAGAUUUCCAGCGUCUCGAGCUGGAGAAGGAGUACUGCACAUCGCGCUAUAUAACCAUACGGCGUAAGAGUGAGCUGGCGCAAUCGCUGUCGCUCUCGGAGCGUCAGGUGAAGAUCUGGUUCCAGAAUCGACGCGCCAAGGAGCGCAAGCAGAACAAGAAGGGCAGCGAUCCAGCCGUGAUGCAGCACACGGAAUAUAGCCAGCUGCUGGAUGCGAAAGCCAAGUUGGAGCCGGGCUUGCAUUUGCAGCAUCCGCUGCAUAGCAUGAAUCCCAUGGCUGCCAUGAAUAUAUCCGCAAUGCGCUUGCACUCACAUCCUCACCUGGCCGCUCACACUCAUUCGCUGGCGGUGGCUGCCCAUUCCCAUCAGCUGCAGCAUAGCAGCCAAAUGUCAGCUGCAGCGGUGGGCGUGAGCACACUAUCAAUGUGACCUGAUUAUGGAGCAGGUGAUCAGGUGCAUGGCUAUCAGAAUGGGGGCAGCUAUCUAAUGGAGCAGCAACAACAGCAGCAGCAGCAGCAGCUGGAGACCAGCUAUGCAACGUGUUCCAGUGAGCUGGCUUAGCUUCUAGUUAUAGAAAAGUGGGCGUGGCAAGCAGUUAGACUGCUUCUACAGCUUAAUGAAGAGAAGACGAAGAACAAGAAGAAGGAGUGGGAGGUGGAGUAGGAGGCGGCGGCGCCUUUGAAUAUUGCACGUUGUUAAUUUUUGUGAUUGUAUAUUCGCAGCGUUCAACGCACGCCUCCACGCCUUCAACGGCCAUGCCCACAACCAAGCAGCAGCAGCAAGAGAAAAAUAUAAAUUAAAUAAACACUUGAAGAAACCUUAUGUUCAAUU